AUGGCGGGUUCGGCGGCGGCCGGCCGGCGGCGGCCGCAGAGCGUCAGCAUGCAGGAACACACGGCCAUCGACGUGAGCCCGGGCCCCAUCUGGCCCAUCCGCCUCAUCUCCGACUACUUCCCGCACUUCUACCGCUUCGCCCAGCCCACCCUGCGUGCCCCUGGCCCGCGGCCCGCCGCCCCCACCACGCACCCUGCACCCCAGCCACAAGCCGACCUGGAGCCCCAGGGCGACUCGGACGACAGCACUGGCCUGGGCACCCUCGAGUUCACGCUGCUUUUCGACGCGGACAACAGCUCCCUGCACUGCACGGCCCACUGUGCCAAGGGCCUCAAGCCACCAGCCUCAGGCUCCGUGGACACCUACGUUAAGGCCAAUCUGCUGCCGGGUGCCAGCAAGGCUAGCCAGCUGCGCACACACACAGUGCGUGGUACGCGGGGGCCUAUCUGGGAGGAGACCCUCACCUACCACGGCUUCACCCGCCAGGAUGCCAAGCACAAGACCCUGCGCCAGGUCUGACCCGGCGGCCACCAGGCUGUGUGUGAGGACCCAUGACUGCAGCGUUGGCGGUGCCGGCGGGCGCCCCCCCUAGGGGAACUGCAGGUGCCCCUGAGGAAGCUGGUGCCCAACUGUGCGCGGAGCUUCGACGUCUGUCUGGAGAAGCGAAGGCUGACCAAGGGGCCCAAGAGCCUGGACACAGCCCGCGGCAUGUCCCUGUAUGACGAGGAGGAGACGGAGGCGGCUGGGGAGGAACGGGUCCGCAUCCUGCUGUCACUCUGCUACAGCUCCCCGCGGGGCGGCCUGCUGGUGGGCGUGCUGCGCUGCGCCCACCUCGCCCCCGUGGACGCCAAAGGCUACUCAGACCCUUUCGUCCACCUUUUUCUGCAUCCAAAGGCGGGGAAGAAAUCGAAGUACAAGACCAGGGUUCGGAAGAAGACCCUGAACCCCGAGUACAAUGAGGAAUUCUUCUACGGCCCCCGGGAGGAGCUGGCUCAGAAAACACUGCUGCUGUCGGUCUGGGACUACAACCCAGGCACGGCCAACGACUUCAUUGGCGGGGUGCAGCUGAGCAGCCGUGCCAGUGGGGAACAUCUGUGGCACUGGCGCGAAUGCCUGAGCCGCAAUGACCGCCAGCUGGAGCUGUGGCACCCGCUGGACGGCGCGCCCCUCCAGCUCAGUGACUAG